AUGGACGAGCAGCGGGGACGCGGGGGGUUCGACGAACUGGUGCUCUUGCAUCAGCAGCAGGAGCAGCGGAGGCGGAGGGAGCAGCAGCAGGAGGAGGAGGAGGAAGAGGAGGUGCGGCGCCAGAUGUUCGGCGCGGUGGUCGGUGGGCUAGCCGCGUUCCCUGCGGCGGCGGCGGCUCUGGGACAGCAGCAGGUGGACUGCGGCGGGGAGCUGGGCGGGUUCUGCGACAGCGAGGCGGGCGGGUCGUCGGAGCCGGAGGCGGCGGCGGGGGCGCGCCCGCGCGGGGGAUCCGGCAGCAAGCGGAGCCGCGCCGCCGAGGUGCACAACCUCUCCGAGAAGAGGAGGAGGAGCAAGAUCAACGAGAAGAUGAAGGCAUUGCAGAGCCUGAUACCGAAUUCCAACAAGACUGACAAGGCAUCCAUGCUUGACGAAGCCAUCGAGUACCUGAAGCAACUGCAGCUCCAAGUGCAGAUGCUCUCAAUGAGAAACGGUGUUUACUUGAACCCAUCUUAUUUAUCUGGAGCACUUGAGCCUGCGCAAGCAUCACAGAUGUUUGCAGCCCUUGGUGGUAACAACGUCACAGUGGUGCACCCCGGGACAGUGAUGCCACCAGUGAACCAAAGCUCAGGAGCUCAUCAUUUGUUUGAUCCAUUGAACUCUCCUCCACAAAAUCAACCACAAUCUCUAAUCCUACCAAGUGUUCCUAGCACAGCCAUUCCUGAGCCUCCAUUUCACCUGGAGUCAUCACAGUCCCACCUUCGACAAUUUCAGUUGCCUGGAUCCUCUGAGAUGGUGUUUCAUGGAGAGAUAAUGCCAAAGCACCACCUAUCAUCACAUCAAGAAAGUCUGCCAGGAAACGAGAUGAACUCCAUCAGGAAAGAAUCAUCCAUGUUGAACACCAAUAAUUUUGAUGGUGUCUCACUUAGCAAAGAGCAAUCAUAGGAUAUGGUACCAAAAAGUACAAGACAUGCAUAG